AUGGCUGAUUCUCCGUCGACGUCCAAGGGCCACCCGGCUUUCCGUCGCGCUUUGCUUAAGAUCAGCGGCGAGUCUCUCAGGGGCUCGACGAAAAGCGGUAUUGACCAAGACACGGUCAGGUACAUUGCGGGACAGAUCGGGGACGCCCACAAACUGGGAGUUGAAAUGGCUGUCGUCAUCGGCGGCGGCAACAUCUGGCGUGGGGAAGAGGCAGAACAGUGGGGCAUGGAGCGGGCAACGGCGGACUAUGCCGGGAUGCUGGCGACCGUGAUCAACGCCCUGUCGCUGCAGGUAGCCCUGGAGGAUACCGGCAUCGACACCCGGACGCAGAGCGCGCUACAGAUGCAGGCCAUAGCUGAGCCGUACAUCCGUCGGCGCGCCAUACGGCACCUAGAAAAGGGCAGAGUGGUGAUCUUCGCGGGUGGCACGGGCAACCCCUACAUGAGCACCGACACGGCGUCGGCGCUGCGGGCUCUGGAAAUGGGAGCCGAUGUGCUGCUCAUGGCCAAGUACAAGAUUCCAGAAUGGACCGGUCGGCUGGAUGCCUUCAGGCGCGACCUGAACCAGUUACGGACUGGUCGGGCCACGCCAUCGCUGAUAGAAAACGUUUCGGUAGACUAUUACGGAUCGGCCACUCCCCUCAAGCAGAUUGCGUCCAUCUCCGCCCCGGACGCCCGCGCCAUACUGGUGCAGCCGUGGGACAAGGGAUCGCUGCGGGAGAUCGAGAGGAGCCUCCAACGCUCCGAGAUGGGGUUCAACCCGUCAAACGACGGCAGCAUGAUCACGGUCCCGAUCCCUCCUCUGACCAACGACCGCCGCCAGGAAAUGGUCAAGCUGCUCCGACGCAAGGCGGAGGACGGCAAGGUUUCGCUGCGCAACGUCCGGCGCGACGGUCUGGACGCCCUGCGCAAAAUGGAGAAGGACAAGGUCAUUUCGCAGGACGAGAACCGUCGGGCCCAGGACCAGUUGCAGAAAGUAACCGACGGCCACACCAAGCAGAUAGAAGAGACCUCAUCCGCCAAAGAGACGGAGAUUCUCCAGGUCUAG